UCUCUUUUGGCUACGCAAUGGAAUUGUUAAGUGCGAUGGGAAUAAUUUUAAUAACACUUUUAAUCUCAGUGCCGCCUUUAUUGGGUGUCAGUUCUACUGCCGAGGGAUCAAGGCAUCUGGAAAAUACUUGCGGCAGAUACUGCUUCGAUAUUGUGAAGCCCCUUUUGGAGCAUUCGUGCGCAUCGCAGAAGAGAGUCAAUAUCCAUCAGAGCAUAGAGAAAACUGAUUCCCAAAAAAAGUGGGAAAAUAUUGAGAGCCAUUUGUUGAUUCUAGAGGAAAAGGUUGCUGCACUUGAAAGUAAAGUAGUGAAGCCGGUUUUAGAGCUCACGGCUCUAUUGCAGAAACAACUGAAUGGUCAGGACGAUAAAGAGAAGGAGAAAGCGGAUUCCGAAAAAAGAUGGCAAAAUAUUGAGAAUCAGCUGUCGAGCCUGCAGACAGCGGUUGCUGCAUGCAAGUUAAAUGCUUCAGUACCGAACAUAAAAUUAUUUGAAAAGAUAGGAACGAAAUACUAUUUUAUAGAAAACGAGGUCAAGAUGAGUUGGCAUGCAGCUGGGGAGAGAUGCAAUCUAUUUGGUGGUCAUUUGAUCAGCCUACAAAAUCGGAAUGAGUUGGAUGCCUUAGCGUCCAGGCUGAGAUCUGGGGUAAACUAUUGGACCGACAUCAAUGAUAUCAGCCAGGAAGGCGAAUUUCUAUCGCACACAACCAACAGUAAGGCACCCUUUUUGCAUUUUAGUAAAACUGAACCGAACAAUUUUUUUAAUGAGGAUUGUGUUCUACUAAAGCCUGAUAUGGAAAUGAAUGAUUUUCCUUGCAAUGUUCUUGAAAAUUUCAUAUGUGAAUUGAAAGAUGAAUGAUUUAAA